CCCCCACCCCACCGCCUCCCCACAUCCCACCCUCCACACACACCCUGGUCCCUCCCUGCACCUCAGUUUCUCCCCUGCCUCUGCGCACUCCUGGAUGCUCCUGCCGUCACCCCUUCCCCCCAAGCCCGGGUCCUGCCCGGCACCCCCCACUCUGCACCCUCGCCCCGGGGUGGUGGCGCAGGCCUAGUGGGCUGGGUGGUGGUUCCCUGGCGUGACCUCGUGGUCACCCGGGUUGGGGUCUCUAUUUGUCAACCCCGAUUUAGUCGUACCUCUUUGAGAAACCCCCGUAUGGCUCCGCGGCCAUGAAGGUGAAGAUCAAGUGCUGGAACGGCGUGGCUACUUGGCUCUGGGUGGCCAACGACGAGAACUGUGGCAUCUGCCGGAUGGCCUUUAAUGGCUGCUGCCCGGACUGCAAGGUGCCGGGCGAUGACUGCCCCCUGGUGUGGGGCCAGUGCUCCCACUGCUUCCACAUGCACUGCAUCCUCAAGUGGCUCAAUGCGCAGCAGGUGCAGCAGCACUGUCCCAUGUGCCGCCAGGAGUGGAAGUUCAAGGAGUGAGGCCACCCUGUGCCAGCACCCGCCUCACCCCCGCCGCCCGCUGGCCCGCCGCCCUCUCCCCUGGCGACAGCCCCUCCGGUGGCGGUGGGGACACACUUGAAACAAGGACUGGAGCUGUAUUUGUUUUCCUUCAGAUUGUGACACUUUUAUCCAAUAAGUAAAACUCAUUAAAUUGUCUGAACCUUG